GUUUGUAAAGAUUCAUUACCGCCGAACCACGGCUGUACAGAGUCCACGCAGUUGCGUCCUUGUCGCUGCAAAUUUUUCUCUCGACAAAAAGAGAGAGACGAGUUGGUCGGAGUUUUGACGGGUUGUACACGCCUGACGGCGCUAAGAGUGAAAGGAGGCGAUGAACCGAUGGUGUUGCUGGCGUCGACUGAGGCCUUGGCGGGCGGCCCGGGCCCGGGCAUUUGGCGACCAGCGUUCCAGCGCCCGUUGGCCGGGCGGGCGCUGCCUGGCAACGGAGGCCGGGCCCAGACCCGUGCGGCUCGCCUGCGCCUCCGGCUUCUGGGGGGACACUGCGACCUCGGUUCCACAGUUGGUGUCUGGUGGGAACCUGGAUUUCCUGGUGUUUGACUACCUGUCUGAAAUCACCAUGUCUUUGCUCGCUGCUGCUAAAGCCAAAUCACCCGAUCUCGGUUAUGUACCUGAUUUUGUGCAGAUAGCAAUGGCUCCAUUUAUAAAGGAAAUUCAUAAAAGAGGAAUCCGUGUGGUCUGCAAUGCUGGUGGUGUGAAUCCUCUUGGUUGCGCAGCAGCUCUACAGGAAGUUGUUAUGAAAGCAAAACUAGACUUGAAGAUUGCAGUUGUGACAGGAGAUGAUUUAAUAUUUAUGAAAGAUUUGCUGAAAGAAGUGGGCAUCACAGACAUGUAUAACGACAGUCAUUUUCCUGCAAAUGUCCAAAGCAUGAAUGCUUAUCUAGGAGCCCGACCGAUCAGCAGAGCUCUGGAUCUUGGUGCUGAUGUAGUGGUGACUGGAAGAUGCGUUGACAGUGCUAUCGUUCUGGGACCUCUAAUUCAUUCUUUUGGCUGGAAACAAAAUGAGUUUGACCUGUUGGCUGCAGGAAGUCUUGCAGGUCAUCUGAUUGAGUGUGGCGCCCAAUGUACCGGUGGAAUAUUUACAGACUGGCACAAAGUUCCUGACUGGGAUAACAUUGGUUUUCCAGUGGUUGAAUGUUCCUCUGAUGGAAGUUUCAUCCUUUCAAAACCACCUAAAACUGGUGGCCUGGUGUCAUUUGGUACCGUUACUGAGCAACUUGUAUAUGAGAUUGGCGACCCCCGUAACUACCAAUUGCCUGAUGUUGUCUGCAACUUCUCUCAAGUUACUGUGUCUGAAAUUUCAGUUACAGAUGGUGGUGCUGUCCUUGUCCAAGGAGCAAAGGGAUCACCUCCAUCUGACAGUUACAAGAUUUGUGCCACGUAUUUAGAUGGCUACCGAUCAAUAGCGGUGUGUCCCGUGGCAGGACGACGAUCUGUGGAGAAGGGAAGGAAAACAGCAGAGAGCAUUUUGAAAAGGACGCGACGUAUUUUCAAAGAGGUUGGCUUAGAUGACUUCAAAUCGGUUAAUGUGCAGAUUCUGGGAUCUGAAGAAACCUAUGGAAGGCAAGCUGCAAAGACAAAUAAUAGCCCUCGGGAAGCUGUUAUUUGGUUAGCAGUUCAUCACAUGCAGAAGAAAGCUCUGGAACUAUUUUCCCGUGAAAUUGCUCCAGCUGGCACUGGAAUGGCACCUGGUCUAACAGGAAUUGUUGGCGGAAGACCCAAGGUGUCUCCUGUUCUGAAGCCAUUCUUCUUUUUGUAUCCAAAGCAGAAUGUUACGAUUGAUAUAUUUAUGAAUGGAAAGCAUGCUGAAACUUUGAAAGAAGACUUUAACUUUACACAUUUGCCUGCCUCAGAAGAAAACGCAGAACAGGAACAGGAUGAUCUAAAUGAUUUACCAAUUGGGGCUUGCCGUUAUCGAUUAGAAGAACUCGCAUACACCAGAAGUGGUGAUAAGGGCAACACCGCAAACAUAGGAGUCAUCGCUCGGCACCCUCUCUAUUAUCCUUACUUACGGAAAUUAUUGACUGCCCAGGCUGUUGAGGAAUACUUCCAGCAUCUUAUAGAGAAGACAGAUUCUGACACUAUGAUGGUCACCAGGUUUGACCUUCCGGGGAUCCAGGGAUUAAAUUUCGUGCUGAGAAAUUCUUUGGGCGGCGGAGGUGUUGCAUCUUUGAGGAUUGACCCGCAGGGUAAAGCGUAUGGACAGAUGUUGUUGGAUUUUCAAUUGAGGAAUCUCCCUGAUCUAAAGACGCUUGUGGAUGAGUAGAGGAGACGUGCGGAAGGCCGAGUUUCGGGAUCCUGUGCUGCAUGCCUGCACAAGCACAUGAUGUCGAUGCCUCUGCUGGGAUGCCUUUUUACACAGUGACAAAUGUACGCCAUAUAGAAACACAGAAAACACAUAGGUGCAGGAGUAAGCCAUUCGGCCCUUGGAGCCAGCACCGCCAUUCGAAAUGAUCAUGGCUAAUCAUCUAAAAUCAGUACCCCGUUCCUGCCUCAUCUCCAUAUCCAUUGAUUGCGUUAGUCCCAGGAGCUAAAUCUAACUCACUCUUGAAAACAUCCAUUGAAAUGGCCUCCACUGCCUUCCGUGGCAGAGAAUUCCACCGAUUCACAACUCUCUGGGUGAAAAAGGUUUCCUCAUCUCAGUCUUAAAUGACCUACCCCUUGUUCUUAAACUAUUAAUAAUUUCUACGUAGUAAACUAAAACAAGUUGAUUUUUUAAAAUUCAGUCUGAAGAAUGCCCGACAUGAUACGUCGCCUGACAGACGCUGCCUGACCCACGGAGUUACUCCAGCACUUUGUGUUUUGCUCAAGAUUCCAGCAUCUGCAGUCUCUCCUAACUUCGGAAUUUUCCAUUGCUAUUUUUAACCAUUUUAACCAUUUUCUCAUUCCGAUGACUUUACGAGUAAAUAUAAAUACAUAUAUAUAUAAACUGCUGGAGGAACUCAGUGGCUAAGCAGCAUUCAUUCAUCUGUGGAGAGCAAGAGACAUAUUCGGAGUUUGGAAACACAGACCUUCCCUUUGCCUUCAAUGAUGCUGCUUGACCCGCUGAGUUUCUCCGGCAGUUUAUCUUGUACUCCGGAUUCCAACUUUUUUUACAACAGAGACUGCACUGAGAUAGUAAAUAAAAAGCAAAAAAUGGUGCCAACACUCAGCAGGUCGCGUAGUAUCUGGGGAAAGAGGGACGAAGUUAAAACUCGCGUCGAGAGGGUUCCUCGACUUUGUGAAGUAGUGAAAGGCGUUGUGGGUUUAACGGUGUCAAUGGAUAAUAGCGAGUUCGUGUUUAAUUAAGUUUACCCUACAGUUAUAACACAAGUAUUUUGUGUUUUAAUUGUAAUUUAGUAAUAAAUCACUUUCUUUAACAGUAAUGUGUGAUAAUUUAUGAAAAUCAAAUGUUACGAUUGUACAAUUAAUUUCUUUUGCCGCGAUGUUUAAAUGCCUUAUGUA